CGGGAACCGGGCCGGGAAUCCCGGCUGUGAGGGUGGGGACACUGGGCAGGGAGACAUGGGGGUCUUGGGAGAGGGGAAAGGGAAAAACCGGGCAGGGAUGGAUGAAGACUCUGAGCAGUGAAGGGUGGGAACCGUGGGCAUGGUGGGAUGCAGAUCCUGGACAAGGUGGGAUGGAGACUCCAGGCAAAGCAGGAUGGAGAUCCUGGCUAGGGUGGGAUGAGGCUCUUGGAUGAGCGGCAGUGGGGACUCUGCACGAUGUGGGGUGCAGACCCUGGGCAGGGUGGAAUGGGGACCGUGGACAAGGAGAUGGAGCCCAACACCGGCAUUAUUGGCUGCAUUAUUGGCUGCAUUAUUGGCUGCAUUAUUGGCUGCAUUAUUGGCUGCAUGGGGGAAGCUCAGCCCAUCUCCACCUGGGCUGCAGGAGCAGCGCCGGAUGCUGCUGGAACCCCUCCAAGCCGCCCUCGCCCCCGGCCUCCCCUCGCCUUUCCCCCUUCCCCUCUAAGAUUUCAUCACUGAGCACUUAAGGCCGGGAAAAGCCGCCCCAGCAGCUGCUGGGAGCAGCCAGACGGACGGAGCCUUUAUUUCGGGGAGCCGAGACACCGGCAGCGACGCCGGAGAAGCCCCAGCGGCGCCAGCUCCCCUCCGGCCGAGGGGACAGAAUCCCCCACCCCGCGGGGGUCACGGUCCCCUGGCGCUGGCCGUGGCUUUUUGGGGGGUCUGGCAGGUCCCCAGAGAGGAGCAGAGGAAAAUAGCAACAGGAUGAGGUCACACAGCGGCUGCAGCCUCUUGAGCAACCUCAGGCCAGGCCGAGGGGAUCAGGGCAGGGGGAGACAGAGUUUGAGGGGGGGCUCAAGAGAUGCCCCCAGACCCCCAAACUGGACGCUGGGAGCUGAGCAGCUGCUGUGCUUGUCUGGGGAACCAGGGGGACCCCUGUCUGUGUCCCUGCCUGCACCCCAAGGCAGAGGUGCCCAGGCUGGCAUUUCCAGGCUGGUAUUUCCAGGCUGGGAUUUUUCGGAAGCAUUCUCCCGAAAUUCAGGGGAUGGUCCCAAGCCAUGUUUUCCCCACUGGCUCAAUAAUGUCAGGACACUGAGCCCACGUCCCCCCUGGACCCUCAGAUGGGCUUUACCCCCACCUGCAUGGAUAAAAAUAACACUAAAAACAACCCCCUGUGUGACCCCCAUCCCCACGUGCACCCCAAAAUGUGGCCCCUUCCGGGGUUGAUGGAUGUCCAUGGCUCCUUUGCUGACGGGAUAAACCAGGAAACACCCCCAGCCCCAGCUGGAGUUCAUCUGGGAGGGGGCUGGGGGCUGCCUGCCUUUCCCUGGCCUCCCACACCCCCUCCCCAUCCCGGCCGUAAUGAGAACAAGCUGGUCCCGGGCUGCGACGCAGGAGGAGGAGGAGGAGAAGGAGGAGGAGAGGAGGGAGAAGGAGGAGGCUCCAUCCCAGCAGGCUGCAGAAAGGGGCUCGAGGUGUGUGGGACAGAUCCCGUCUUCCCGGCUCCCUCCUGCCGGCUGCAGGCGAGGUCUCCUGCACGAAUCCUGGGAAUGGGCUCAGCCAUGGGCAUGUGGCUGCUGCUCCUGGUGUUGCUGGCGGUGGCCCCGGCGCAGGCGGCAGCGCCCCGGCACCGCCCGGUGCUGCCGGACACCGCGGGCAGCGGGGACGGGGACGAGGCAUCAGCCACGCUGCCUGCCCAGCCCGUCACCCCCCGGGUCAGCCCCACGGUG